AUGCACGGUGAACCGACGAAGCUUGCUCUUGCAAUCAUCAUCAUUCGAUCGCGGAGGCCAUGGGAAACGACCAUCAUAACGCUGCAUCGCCUGAUAGCAUUGAUAGAGGAGGCCGAAGUAGCCACCAGGGUAUUAGAGAACGCUAUAAGCUUGAGCUCACGGUUGCUACUAGAUGCCACGUCUCCCAGGCAUACUGAACUCUCUACAGACUUGUCAAUGGAAGUUCUCAGGCGGCUUGCCCACGACGUAAGUACAAAGGAGAUCACAAUGACAUUGCCUAUGAUAUCAGGACUGGAUGAUGGCCAAGUAUGUCAACUGUUGGCCUAUUCUAACUCAACUUACACUGGGGAAUCUCUAGACAAUAUUAUCAUACAUGCACUCAAUGGCGAGGGACGUGACAUAGCAGUGAGAGUCGCAGCACUGUUGGGCGCCGUGCAGAACCACGUGCCGAGCCCAGAGCUGAUAGCUAAACUGACGGAGACGAUAAACAGCAACGAUCUUCCUCGCGCACUUGCUGGGGUCUCGUUGGCAAAAAGGCUCUUGUUCUCGGUAGAUGAAUUUUCGCUUUUCUUGAAAACGCUUUGGCCCCAGCGGGUCGUGUGGUUUUAG